UUUAAUCGUCAAACUGGAUAAAAGGAAGAUGCUUCGGAUAAUUAGCUAUAAUCCAUUUCUUCCCCCUUUCAAACUCUUCAUUCAUCUUCUCCAAAAUUGAACAAUGGCAAAGUCCACUGGCAUUCUUGCCACUGCGGCUACGCUUCUUGCCGUUGUUUCUUUGACUGUGUUUUUUAUGUCAGUGACAGUCACGGCAAGAGAGCUUCCAAUUCAUCCUUACUUGAAAAUUCAAGAAAGACUCUCCAUUUCUCAACUCUAUGAUACUUCCAAUUAUGGUGUUCUUCAAAUUGACAAUGGCUUGGCUCGAACUCCUCAGAUGGGGUGGAGUACCUGGAAUUUUUUUGCUUGCAAUAUAAAUGAAACAGUCAUCAAGGAAACAGCUGAUGCACUCGUAUCGACUGGUUUGGCUAGCCUGGGUUAUAUUUAUGUCAACAUCGAUGAUUGUUGGUCCAGAUUGACUCGAGAUUUAAAGCGUCAAAUGAUUCCUGACCCGAAAACUUUUCCAUCUGGAAUUAAAGCUCUAGCUGAUUAUGUGCACUCAAAGGGACUAAAGCUUGGUGUCUAUUCUGAUGCUGGGGCUUUUACAUGUCAAGUUCGACCUGGCUCACUGUUUCAUGAAAAAAAUGAUGCUGAACUUUGGGCAUCUUGGGGUGUUGACUAUUUGAAGUAUGACAACUGCUUCAAUCUAGGUCUCCCACCACAAAAGAGAUACCCACCCAUGCGUGAUGCUCUUAAUGCUACUGGACGGACUAUAUUUUACGCACUUUGUGAAUGGGGUGUUGAUGAACCUGCCAAAUGGGCAGGAAAAAUUGGAAACAGUUGGCGUACAACAGAUGACAUCAAUGAUACAUGGGCAAGCAUGACAACUAUUGCUGAUAUCAAUGACAAGUGGGCAUCCUAUGCUGGACCUGGUGGAUGGAACGAUCCUGAUAUGUUAGAGGUUGGAAAUGGGGGCAUGAAUUACCAUGAGUACAAAGGGCACUUUAGCAUUUGGGCUUUGAUGAAGGCUCCGCUUAUUAUUGGUUGUGAUGUCAGAAACAUCACUGCUGAAACUUUAGAAAUUCUUUCCAAUAAAGAGGUUAUCGCUGUUGACCAAGAUCCACUUGGUGUUCAGGGUAGGAGAGUUGAUGCUUCCGGACCAGAUGGUUGCCAGCAGGUUUGGGCCGGUCCCUUGUCUGGAAACCGUUUGGCUAUAGUACUCUGGAACAGAUGUUCAAAGGCUGCAACUAUUACUGCUAAAUGGGGUGCAAUUGGACUAGAAUCCUCCAUCAGCGUCUCUGUGAGAGACUUGUGGAAGCAUGAAGUUGUUUCAGAGAACACGGGGGGCUCAUUCAGUGCUCGUGUUGAUGCUCAUGGCUGUGAAAUGUACAUUUUAACUCCAAAGAGAGCGACUCGGGCUUCAAUCUGAUUAAAGUGUAAGAGGCUACUAUUUAAGAAUUAACCAUUGCGUCGUGAAUUUUAGUUUUUUUCGAAAACAAAAGUGUUCUGAAGUUAAGAUUUUUAGUUUAAAAUUUUUGGACCAAAUAAGUACGGGCUAAUCUCUAUAUAGCAUCCUUGAGAAUGACUAUCUGUGUACUUGCCCCGGGUAUAUUUCAUUGGGUUUAAUUCCUCAACAAUCUAUGAUAUUGGGUGGUGAAAGGAACAAUGGAUGCUUUUGAAAGAAAGAUAUUUUGUAUCAA